AUGAGCGACGCUGAUAUGGACGGACGGACGGACGGCGAGGCCCCUGAUAUUCAUAACCCGACAUCAGAAGUGGGAUCUGUGCCACACCCUGCAUUUUCUGAGGAUCAGUGGCGUGCAGUAGUCGAAAUGCAAAAUCGGAAUUUGGCUGAACUUGUAAAAAUCAUGCAAGUGACGCCGGUACGUGAGCAGCAACCUAGUUAUGAUGUUAAGCUACCCAAAUUUAACCCUCAUGCUGCAUGCGUAGAGGCAGCAAAGUGGUGUUCAACAACCGAUAUAAUUCUAACUGAGCACCCCCUUAAAGGAAGAAAAUUGAUCAGGGCACUAAGUAACUGCAUGGAGGGAACUGCAUCUCAGUGGCUAACACAAAUUUCGUACCAGGGUAUGACUUGUCAAGAGUUCCAGGAAUUAUUUCUGCAGCGCUUUGAAACCGAAGAGACGCCGGCCGCUACGUUUUUAAAUUUACUCAACAGCCGCCCGACUGCCGCCGAAUGUUACGCGGUGUAUGCGAGUCGGCUGGUGACGACGCUGACUACGAAGUGGCGGAAUAUGGAAAUAGAAGAAAUUGCCGUUACAACUGUUCUUGCGCAUAUGGCAAACAUUGACAGUCGUUUGCAGCGCGUCCUCUUCACAUCCAAUGUGCGUACCAGAAGUAAGCUACAGGCGGAGUUAAAAGCGUUUACGUUCGACAAGAAGCGACAUGCUCGAGAUGACAACCUUGGACCUGAAGAACCGUAA